GCCGACGAUGGCUUUGGCUCCGGCGAGGAGGACGGCGACCACUACGAGGAGGACGACGGCAUCCCUGAAGAAGUGGCGGUCGCUUACGCCACAUAUCAGACCGCGAAGCAGAGAUACAAGGAACAUCAGAAGGCGCGGGGCUUCAACAGUGGAGGCCAUGACAACAGGGCGGAGGCGACCGUCAACGGCAAGAACAACGAGAAGGCCACCGACAAGAUAAAGUUGAUGAAAGCAAAAUCAUUUUGCUCAGGAUGCGGAAGACGGGGUCAUUGGCACAAGGACCCCGAAUGCCCACACAACCAGGGAUCACAGAUGCAAGGCGGUGGGAAAGCGGCCGAGGUCGGCUUCUGCAACCUUCUCCCGGCAGAAGUCUUCUCCAUCAAGCACGAGAACACCGGCCUUGUGGGUAUAACCGACACGGCCUGUGCCAGGACGGUUGCCGGAACUCAGUGGUUGCAGGCCUACUCCGAUAAGCUUUCCACCCUGGGAGGGAGACCGGAACUUCGGAGAGAAUGCGAGGCUUACCGCUUCGGGACAGGGAAGAUCUACUACUCUUCCUUCUACGUGGUCUUGGCAUUCGAGCUCGGCAACAAGGUUGUUCAUGUCAGGACUUCGAUCAUCAAUGGUGAUGUCCCGCUCUUGCUCUCCAAGACCGUGCUGGGGAAGCUCGGGAUGGUCUUCGACAUUGAGAGGGGCCAAGCUGACUUUAGCAAGGUUGGACUCAAAGGGUUCGACCUUCUUGUUACUUCCUCAGGUCACCCAGCAAUUCCCAUCAUCCCUUCCAAGAUGGACGGUGACCCAAGUAUGUUCCGCGCUGAGGACUUGAAGCUUGUGCCCAAGUGUGAAUACAUGGCGUUCGCUGUUGCUCACGGUUCAGGUCACGUAAAGAACCCCGACAUAUAUAACUUCUUCUAUGACAAGAAGCUAGACCCCGGAGUCAAAGCCAUGCUUGUUCAAGAAAAGUUGUCGCAAGAAGAGUUCAUAGCCUGGUGGAGGAGCAGCUCGGGUUCUUCAGACUUCUGGUUAGAGUGCGACAAUGCUUGGGUAAGAGUCCAUGUCACACCUCGAAAGGCCCUUUUCAAUCCCUCUACUUGGAAAACACGUGCCACAGUUCAGAAGGAGAUGCUUGUGCAGACGGCAGGUGAGAUCAGGAUCACAGAUGGUGUGUGUUGCACUACAGGUAGGUGGCUUGAAUCUGUUGUGGAUAGAUGGGAGCAUGACAAGAUCUAUGAGCCGGCUUUUGCUUUUCACUGGGUCGGACCAUGCAAGCCUCGCCCCAUCAACCACAUGACGAAGACACAGCUUCUCGAGGAAGCCGGGCGCUUGGGCGUUCUGGUCCAUCACUCCUGGAGUGCGAUAGAGAUCAAGGCCGUGAUCAUGGAAGCGCGCGAGGCCCAGAAGGAGAGGGACCCCACAGAGCGGAUGAAGAGAAUUUCGCACAUGACGCUGUCCGAGCUGCGCAUGAAGGCGAACGAGCUCGGCAUCGACUACAGCAACAGCACGACCAAAGGCAAUCUUCUCCGCCUGAUAAGAGACAGUCUCAACACCCCAGAUCAAGAACUGAUGAAGUUCGGGAAAUUUCGGGGAUAUCAGUUCUGCGAGAUUCCGAAGAGCUACGGAGAGUGGGUCCUCAGGGAGAUGUCCACCUCGGAGAGCCCCGACCCGGAGUUCGUGAGGUUCGGACGGUGGUUCAGGCAGAAGCAGACCGAGAACGAGAACCAGGGGUACGUGAGCAAGGACACCCCGCCACCGUAUCCGAGCUCGACGGCGGCCACCCGGAAGACAAGCCCAACCUCCUUGGCGUCGGGCAAGGACUCCUGGGACAUGGUGACGGACAAGGCCAGUGCAUCCUCGACAACCAGUACGAGAAGGAGAACGCGCCACGACAUCGAGGAGGACAAGAAGAUGGACUCCGAGAUCGAUCCCAAGGUGGCGGCGGAGAUCGAGGAUUUGGAGACAAAGCUGGCAGUCCUGAAGGACAAGGCCCGCGUUCCCCGUGGCCGUGUGGAGGACGUCGGACAUGGGGAAGAAAAAGGGAAGGUCCUCACUGCAAGACCUCAAGGUGGAGAGCAUCCCGUGGUUCAUGGGUUUGGCGGCCGUAAGUGCUGCCCGGAGCUGAGCCAUGACUGCUUCUUCACCGAAGAGGAGUUCUCUAACGCCUACAAGAAUCGAAACGAGAUCUGCGAGAUCGACUUCGAGGGCGGCAACCGCAUCGAGGUCGAGGACAACGAGGACGUCGACCUCUUCCACGAGGCCAUGGAGGGCGAGGACGACAUCGAGGUGUUCGAGUGCAAGGAGUUCUCGAUCGAGGAUCGCAUAACUUUCGCCUAUGACUCCGGCGAUUUCUCCUUCGCGACAUGCAAAGAGAUCCUUGAUGAGGGCUGUGAGGAGGCUCUGAAAGGCGGAGGAGAGAGGAAGCGAGUUUUCCACGAGGCUUCCGGUCAAGUGGCUUUUGGCUACUACGUGCACGGUGGGAUGAAUGGCGUCACCAAAUCGGUGGUCAAUCAUACCGUCCUUGCACGCUACCUCAACGCCUUCAUUCGAGCACACGUUGGAGAACAUGCUACAUGGGGAGCCGUCAGCGUCAUCAAAGGAGGUGCAGGAAAGGUGCACCACGACUACAACAACGCGGCCGGGUCCACCAACUACUUUGCCUCCUUCGGACAAGGUCCCGGAGGAAAACUUUGGGUUCAUGAUGACAGCAUCAUUGAGGCAGACAUCAAGGAAGACAAACACGGAGACAUCGUCUGGAAGCAGACAGGGUCUGGCGAAUGGCUACCGGGACGGACGGUCGAUGCCAACGAGAAGUUCGUCGAGUUCGACCCCCACACAAAGCACCAGGCCAUCAAUGUCGACAGCGAAGCAUGGCGAGUAGUGGCCUACACCCCUCGAGGCACUGAGGACGCAAAGCCAGACAUCGUCAAGUUCCUCAAGAACUGUGGUUUUCCCCUCCCUGGGAGAAAGCGAGGAGGGAGAGCUGCGACUUGUGCUAAGCCUUCUAAAAGGCAGAGGAACUCCAUCACAAAUGUCGUCGGCAAGCUCAGUGUUCUCUUCACAACUUUGUUGACGGCAGCGAACUCCUUCCUCGGGGAAUGUACCCAGACCGGAGUCAUCAACGACCCUAUCGUGAUCCUUGAGAUUGGCGGCCUGGACGCGACCCUUGAUGCCACGGAGCUCGACAAGGCAGUUCUGGAACCGCUUUCAUGGGAGGACUACGGCGAUCCCGGCACGAGAAACCGCACCCUCCACCUGGUGAAGGCCGUACACGGCGAUCUCAAAGAACUUGUUCGAGAGCAGCUUAAUGGAGGCGGAGCAGUUCUGCUUCAAGGGGGAGAUCCUGGACUGGUGGUCGAGGACACCGAGCACUACAUUCGCUACAAAAAGAACCACGAGGGCGAGGAAUGGACGGUGCUUGCAAGGCCGGGGACAAGGAGCUUAGAGCUCCCUACAAGUCUCGAUCCACACCAUGUCCUCGUUGUUAGCGAAGACAGCGAGAAGAAGGACGAGCUCCCACUGCGAAUCGAUGGCUCUGGUAUCACCUUCGAGGAGGGCGUCCCCGGACAUGUCCGAUCCGCUCUGAAGAGGCUUCAUCAGAAUCUCGGGCACCCGAGAGGCGCAGAUUUAGUGCGUCACCUCCGCCUGGCUGGUUGCGAGUCCUCGGUGAUAAAGGCGGCAAAGGGGAUGAAAUGCCAGAUUUGCGAUGCCACCAAGGAGCCACAGGUCGCGCGGCCCGCCUCCCUACCGAGGAUGCUGAGCUUCGGCGAGGUUGUCUGCGCCGACAUCCUCUAUGCCCACGACUGCGAGGACAAGAG